AUGGCCAAACAUCAUGCUGAUUUAAUUUUUUGUCGCAAGCAACCAGGUGUUGCUAUCGGUCGUUUAUGCGAAAAAUGUGAUGGAAAGUGUGUGAUCUGCGAUAGUUAUGUCCGACCAUGCACGUUAGUCAGAGUUUGCGAUGAAUGCAAUUAUGGAUCGUACCAAGGACGUUGCGUGAUUUGUGGUGGCCCAGUCCAAAAUAAUUAA